AUGGCGUUCGCAGCUCCGCCCUCCCGUUCUGGCAGGCUCGAGAGGACUUCAAAGUCCCUGGAGACGCGGCUGAGACACCUGAGCCAGCUGCAGGCGCACGUUUCGGUGGAGGCGCCGCUAGGCGGCGGGGACGGAGCCGCUGCAAGUGCUCUUGGCGGCGUACUGCUCUGCAAGGACCGUACUGCGGACUAUGUGGCGGUGAAAGCCAUUUCCUUGAAGAAGGCACAGGCGGCAGGAAUCGAAGAGAGCAGAAUCUGGCGGGAGGUGCAGGUCAUGAAGGAGGUGCAGCAUCCCAAUCUUCCUCGCCUCAUCGAUGUAGUGGCCAACUGGGAGAAACUCCCGCAGCUGGACGCACCUCCUCCCCAUCUCUGUCUGAUCAUGGAGUUCGUUCAGAAGUCCGAGCCGCUUUCUGUUGCCGUGCGGCGGCAAGGAGCAAUGCCUCACAGAGCAGCACUGGUCGUAGCGCAGCUUGCAUCCGCGCUUUGUAAGUUACAUCGAGCCAACAUCAUUCACAGAGACGUGUCGUGCCAGAAUGUUCUGAUCGGCGAGCGCGAGAAAGUUGUGCUUAUCAAUUUCGGCUGCGCCGAGUACCUGAGCAGCAGGCCAGCUGCAAACUCCAAGCUGAGCAUCCCCUAUGUGUCGCCAGAGGCUGCUGCAGGCAUGCCACAGCAAACCGGCGACGAUGCGUGGGGGCUUGGCCUCUUGCUGACGGAGAUCGUCACAGGCCGCUUCAUCGCAGAUCGCCUUGGCCGAUCAGAUGUGCCCAUCCACGUCCAGCGACCGACCCUGACAACCGCAAUUCAGGAAACUGCCGCUGGUGCUGCACCAGCCCUCGCCCGGCUCGCCUCACAGUUGUUGGACCUCAGCGCCGCCAGAAGGCCAGCAAUGGUGGAAGUGGUUAGCCUUCUCCGGCCAUCAACGCAGACGGAUUCAGGACAGCCAACUUCACAUGCUGCAGAGCGAGCUGAUCGGAAGGCGCUGAACAAGCUGAGGGUCACGCACACUCGCAGCGAAAAGAGUCCCUUGGGCUUCCGCGGCCGCCUGCAGAACAACUCCUCGCCUGUGCGACUGGCGAGGGAGGCCAGCCCAAUCUUGGCACGAGCGAAUGUACGGGCCAACGAGCGUCCUUCCCGCCAUUCCUUCGGUGGGAAGAGCACUCAGUUUGAAAGUCCUCCAGCAAACUUUCAGCCUGGAGAGACGGUCUUGUACUGCCCAAGAUCCCAAGCUGGUGUUCUGAAAGCCAUUGUCAGGGGCAAAUUGGCCGGCAACAAGGGUUGGCGCAUUCAGCUCGAGAGUGGCGAGUUUCAGGAGGUGGAGGAAGGGGAGGACUGGCGGCUGUGUUUGUCCGACCUUCCGGUGGCACCGCCUCGCGAAAAAGUUUCUUCACCAAGGGAGCUUCCUGCAGCGACGGUGGCAAGACCUGCUGCCAAGGGGCCAGUACUAGCUUGGGCUCCCGCAGAGGUCAACCUGCACAGCCCUCCAAGCAUGGGCCGUGGAAAGGUUCUGGCAUCUUCUUCCACAGUGUCUUCGCUGGCGACCACGACACCCUCGGCGGGUGCAACUUCCGAGGCUUCUUCGGCUGUGGACGCUUCCCCGCCGAUGGCGGGUGGCAAGAGCGCUCUUCAGGUUGCAGUCAACGCGCUCCCUGCCGGCCAGCAGCAACCGUGGGCCGGCAGGUGUAAUUCGCCGACUUUGCGGCGAGUCGGCUCGACAGGUUAUGCCGAGAGCCCCAAGGUCAUCCAAGGCUUCCAGGCCGUGCCACAGCAAGGCAUGCUGGCCCCGGGCCCUGCUCUGCGCUUCGUUCCGCCGCCACAGGCCCCCAUUGGUCGCCGAGUGCUGUACGCAGGACCCGUGGACGGCAGUUCACCGGCAUGGUGA